AUUCCUAAAGAUGACUGAUGCCUUUGUGUCAUUUGCAGUUCAAAAAAUGGGUGAUUUCCUCAUACAACAAGUUUCCCUGCGUAAAAAUCUGAGAAAGGAAGUUGAGUCACUGAGAAAUGAGCUACUCUUCAUGCAGUCUUUCCUCAGAGAGGCAGAACAAAAGCAAAGUGGUGAUCAAAGAGUUCAACAAUGGGUGUUUGAGAUCAACUCUAUUGCUAAUGACGCUGUUGCUAUACUCGAGGCUUACAGCUUCGAGGCUGGUAAACGUGCUAGUCGUCUCAAGGCUUUUGCUUGCAUAUGUAGGAAGGAGAAGAAAUUCUACAAUGUCGCUGAGGAGAUCCAAUCACUCAAGCAACGAAUCAUGGAUAUCUCUCGCAAACGAGAGACUUAUGGUAUUACAAAUAUCAAUAAUGCUGGAGAAGGGUCAAGUAAUCAGGUUAGAAAAUUGAGGAGAACUACAUCAUAUGUGGAUGACCAGGAUAACAUUUUUGUUGGACUUCAGGAUGUUGUACAAAAAUUGCUAGCUGAACUUCUCAAAGCAGAGCCUCGUAGAAGCGUCAUCUCCAUUCAUGGCAUGGGCGGAUUAGGCAAGACCACUCUUGCAAGAAACCUCUACAACAGUCCUAAUAUAGUGUCAAGCUUCCCUACACGCGCUUGGAUAUGUGUUUCUCAAGAGUACAACACAAUGGAUCUUCUUAAGAAUAUCAUAAAAUCCAUCCAAGGUCGCACAAAGGGAACUCUAGAAUUUUUGGAAAGGAUGACAGAAAGCGAUCUAGAAAUUUACCUUCGUGAUCUAUUGAAAGAAGGCAAAUACCUUGUAGUGGUUGAUGAUGUAUGGCAGAGAGAAGCAUGGGAGAGUUUGAAAAGAGCAUUCCCAGAUAGCAAGAAUGGCAGCAGAGUUAUUAUUACCACGCGGAAACAUGAUGUUGCUGAAAGAGCCGACAACAGAGGUUUUGUCCAUAACCUUCGUUUCCUAACCCGAGAAGAAAGUUGGGACCUCUUUUGUAGGAAACAACUUGAUGUUCGGGCAAUGGUUCCAGAAAUGGUAAGGAUAGCUAGAGAUAUGGUGGAAAAGUGUAGAGGCUUACCUCUUGCAAUUGUUGUAUUGAGCGGACUACUUUCACAUAAAAGGGGGCUAGGCGAAUGGCAAAAGGUGAAAGACCACUUUUGGCAGAACAUUCAAGAUGACUCCAUUGAAAUCUCCUACAUACUAUCAUUGAGCUACAACGAUUUGUCAGCUACGCUCAAGCAGUGUUUUCUGUACUUUGGUAUUUUCCCAGAAGAUCAAGAGGUCAAUGCUGAAAAGAUAAUACUGUUGUGGAUGGCUGAGGGUCUCAUACCAAAUGGAGAAGAAAGAAUGGAGGAUGUCGCUGAAGACUUCCUGAAUGAGCUGAUAAGACGAAGCUUGAUACAAGAGGUACGUUCAUUUUGGGAAAAAGUUACUGUAUGUAAGGUUCAUGAUUUACUUCGUGAUCUUGCCGUACAAAAGGCAUUCGAUAUAAAAUUCUUUGACAUUUAUGAUCCAAAAAAGCACUCCAUAUCCUCCUUAUGUAUCAGACAUGUCAUUCAUGGUCAAGGAGAAAGGUACCUCUCACUUGAUCUUUCUCACUUGAAGUUGAGGUCAAUUAUGUUCUUCGAUCCAGAUUUUCGUAACAUGCAUCUUACAAACUUCAGUAGUGUGUUGCGACAUAUAUAUGUAUUGUACUUGGAUAUUGGAGGUUAUGUUAUGACUGAUGUCAUAGGAAGUUUGUACUACCUCAAGUUCUUAAGCUUGAGAGGUGUCUGUAAUAUUCCCUCCUCCAUUAGCAACCUCAAGAAUUUACAGACACUUCUUGUCAAUGACCAUGGAGGGUUUAGCCGUCUACCCCAAAAGACAGCUGACCUAAUAAAUCUAAGACAUUUAGUUGCUCCAUAUUCAGAGCCUCUGAAAUGUAUAAACAAACUCACGAAUCUUCAAGUUCUUAAAGGCUUUCGUUGUGAUCAGUGGAAAGAUGUUGACCCUGUUGAUUUAGUCAAUCUUCGAGAAUUAAGCAUGGAUUGUAUUAACAGAUCUUACUCCCUAAACAACAUUAGCAGCUUGAAAAACCUUAGCACUCUCAGAUUAUUGUGUUAUGCUGAUGAAUCAUUCCCAUCUCUUAAAUUUGUUAAUUCUUGUCAAAAGCUCCAGAAAUUGUGGUUAAGAGGGAACAUAGAGAAACUUCCUCUGUUUCCAGAUUCCAUCACAAUGAUGGUUCUUUGGAAGUCAAAACUCAUGGAAGAUCCGAUGCCUAUUUUGGGAAUGUUGCCAAACCUAAGGAAUCUCGAAUUAGAAGAAGCUUAUGAAGGAAAAGAAAUAGCGUGCUGUGAUAACAGCUUCAGUCAACUCGAGUUCCUUCGUCUUCAUCAUCUUGACAAGCUAGAAACAUGGCAUUUAUCCACAAGUGCCAUGCCUUCAAUUAAAGGUCUUGACAUCAAAUACUGUCCACAUCUAUAUCAUAUUCCCAAGAGAAUGCAAGAUGUGGAGAUAACUCCUUUUUGGCCUGUUUCGUAA